CUCUCUGUUUUCAUGAAGAUCACAACACAAGACAAAGAUGGCAAUUCUACGAUAGUCCUACAUUUACACGAGAAAAUUGAACUUUUAGAGGCGUCUUAACUGUACAGAAACGAUGUCGUUUGAGCAGGAAGACAUCGAAGAAGCCAUGGACGCCGAUUCUAGUGAUUAUGGUGACGACGAUGAUGAUGAUGAGGAUGAUUACUACACGAGAAAUGACGGAGAAGACGAGGGAAUUGAUCCAAAUCARGAGGAAGACCCUGAGAAUUUUGAUUAUUCCUUGUUAUCUGUCGACGAAACGAUGGAGUUAUUGGGCUCGAUGGUGGCAAAAGCUAGCAARGAUAUGCAGAUACCUCAUCAUUUAGCACGUUUACUGUUGGUUGCCUACUCUUGGGACGUUGGYAAACUUCUAGAGAGGCACAGAGUUGAUCCUGCUGGACUGAUGGUGGAUUUACAUCUUGUACCUAAAAAGCAGCCGAGGUCAAUGGUUACAAGAGCAUUUGUUUGCCCAGUAUGUUUCCAGCGAUGCUCCAAAUCCAACGUAACCACAUUGUCAUGUGGACAUGGCUUUUGUGAUCUCUGUUGGAAUGCUUACUUAACUAAUCAAAUACAGAAUGGAGUUUCUACAAGUAAGUUAAAUAAUUUAUGAUAUAUCAGACUAAAU